AUGGGCAUUGUAUGGCAGUCACUACUCGAGGGGGGUAAGAAGACCAUUGAUCCACGGAUGCUGUCUGGGGUUGAAGUUCAGGUUAGUAGAGAUGAUGAUGUGAUUGAGGUACAUGAGGAGCCUGAGAAUGCAAUAGAGAAGGAAGCGGAGAUAACUCAGAAAGUUGUUCCCAUGCCUAGACCUCCACCUCCCUUCCCACAGAAGUUAGUGAAGAAGACUGAAGAAGGCAAAUACCGCAAGUUUAUUAGUAUGUUGAAGCAGCUUUCCAUCAAUGUGCCGUUGAUUGAAGCUUUGGAGCAAAUGCUUGGGUAUGCGAAGUUUAUAAAGGAUUUGGUUACUAAAAAGCAGGCCAAGAAGGAAGAUCCUGGGGCUUUCACUAUUCCUUGUACCAUUGGGUUGCUACAUUUUGCAAAGGCAUUGUGCGAUUUGGGUGCUAGUAUCAAUUUGAUCCCAUUGUCUAUUUACAAGAAGCUAGGUUUAGGAGACCCAAAAUCAACUUCGAUGCGACUGUUUAUGGCCGAUAGAACUGUCAAGAAGCUCAUCGGUGUGCUCCAAGAUGUACUAGUGAAAGUGAAGUCUCUUAUCUUUCCGGCGGAUUUUGUGAUACUUGAUUGUGAUGUUGAUUUUGAGGUUCCCAUUAUCCUUGGGAGACCUUUCCUAGCCACUGGGCGCGCCUUGGUUGAUAUGGAGAAAGGGUAG